CUUUAUUACAUAGCAAAUCCAAUGAAAUCAAAUUCGCAGGUCGCACUAACAAGCAUCUGCUCCUGAUCAGCACCUUUUAUUACACGACACACACACACACUUGACAUAAAUAGAAACCAGAUCAUCGGAGUCUGAUGCUCAAGCAUGGCCUUAGUAACAACAGCUGAAGUCUGCGACGCCAACCCCCAGCUCAUCGUCAGCGGCGAGCUGCGAGCCCUCCAACCCAUCUUCCAGAUCUACGGCAGACGCCAAGUCUUCUGUGGGCCCGUCGUCACUCUCAAAGUCUUCGAAGACAACGUUCUUGUCCGGGAAUUCCUCGAGGAGAAAGGCAACGGCCGCGUCCUCGUCGUCGACGGCGGCGCCAGCCAGCGCUGCGCCAUCCUGGGCGGCAAUCCGGUGGUCCAGGCCCAGAAUAAUGGGUGGGCUGGGAUAAUUGUGAAUGGGUGUGUGAGAGAUGUGGAUGAGAUUAAUGGGUGUGAUAUUGGGGUUCGUGCGCUGGCUUCGCAUCCGAUGAAGGCGAGUAAGAAGGGGAUUGGGGAGAAACAUGUGCCUGUGAUGGUGGGGGGGACUAGGAUUUUUGAUGGUGAGUGGAUUUAUGCUGAUACUGAUGGCAUUCUUGUUUCCAAGAUGGAGUUGUCUGUUUGAGCAGUGGAGUGCUUUUCGGGGUAUGUUUCGGGUUUCUGUUAUUGAUUGUGUUGUGAUUUUGUAGAAUCUUGAUGAAUUUGGGAUGUUAUGAACUUAUUAUUGAUGUGAUCUUGACCCUUUGUGUGAGCUCUUGUUUAAUGGUCUACGUUGUAAGGCUAUUAGUUAUAUGUUAAACACGUUGUAGAACCAUAAAUUUAUAGUGAUGAUAAUAACCAUUAUGAAGAUGGGUUGUUAUAA